AAAUUUGGCAUGUAGAUGCUUCUUACUUGUAUAUUUUGCAGGUACACUAUGGUUCUAAUUUUCUACGCGUUCAGCGUGUGCAUAAUGAUGCUGAUCAGGCCUUGGCUGGCCAAAUACUUUGUGCCGAAGGGUGGCAAGGUGACCAUCUAUGCGGCACUCUACCUCUAUCCAAUAUUGGCGGUGCUGCACUCUGUGUUCGGAGGACUCAUUUAUUACUCAUUCCCGUACAUCAUUAUAAUAUUGUCGGUGGUUUCAUCUGCGGGUCAUUUUGCUGUGGAACUCGAUCAGACGGUGCGAAACCUGCUCCUGAGCGCAAUUCGCGACUUGCGCAGUGCAGUGGUGGUGAUCGGUCACUGGGCACUGCACGCGUACGGCAUAGUGGCCCUCACCGAACUGAAGGACCCCGUCUUCCACCUGAUGCUGAUGGGCCUGGUGCCGUUGCCCGCCUUCUUCUACGUGAUGACCGCCCGCUUCACCGACCCCCACAAGGUGCACACCGAUUGAUGCCGUCGCCGCGGCCGUUGCUUCAUCACCACGCAAUAGCCGAGGUAUGCACUUUAUAGCCGAGAUGGUUUACGGUCUAUGCAUACGCCUUGUCGUCCCAUCUCCCAAUAUUGAAUCUACGCUACGCUGGUGUGAAAGACAUUUAGUCGCGAGGAUAUCUUGUUAUGCAUCUAUACAUAAAAUUGGCGGAGCUUUGGACAUAUUCAUCGGAAAGAAUAUUCAAAAUAUCCUUCCCAGUUUUGAGUGUGGUGAGAGUGUGAGAACGGAACAGUUUGAAAGUCUACCAGCGUUACUUAACAUGUAAACAACCAGCUAUUUUGAGAUUGUGAAUACCUGAGGUAUUCAGGCCUGAGGAGAAAGGGAA